CUCAUGGAAACCGGGUACGGACUGCUGCGCGUGGGCGGGCAUAAACUGCUUAAACAACAACCGGGUCACAAGCCUCCGUCUCGGGGGUCAACCCGACCAACCCAACACCUUCUUAUCGGGUAAAAUCUCACCCUCCCUCUCAAAACUCAAGUUCUUAGACGGCAUAUAUCUCCAAAACCUCAACCUCUCGGGUCCAUUCCCGGAUCUCCUAUUCGGGCUGCCCAACCUCCUAUUCGUCUACAUCGAACACACCAGGCUCUCGGGUCGGAUACCCGAUAAGAUCGGCAACUUGACCCAGCUCUUUUCACUCAGUUUUUAUUACAACCUGUUCACCGGUCCAAUCCCGAGCUCAAUCUCCAAGUUGACUCGGUUGUCGCAGCUCAACCUGGGCGGCAACCUCUUAACCGGGUCGAUACCGUACGGCAUUAAAAACCUCAAUAGCCUCAACCUGUUCAAUCUCGAGCGAAACGGUUUGUCGGGUCUCAUACCCGAUUUCUUCAGCUCAUUUUCGGAGCUCCGAAUUCUCAGGCUUUCCCGCAACAAAUUUUCCGGGAAAAUCCCAGCUUCAAUUUCAGCUUUGGCGCCAAAACUGGCUUACCUUGAGCUCGGUCACAAUGCCCUGACGGGUCAAAUCCCAGAUUUCCUUGGAAAUUUCAAGGCCCUUGACACCCUUGAUCUCUCAUACAAUGGCUUCUCGGGAAUUGUGCCCCAGAGAUUUGUGAAUUUGACCAAGAUUUUCAACCUUGAUCUUUCUCAUAAUUAUCUCACCGACCCAUUUCCACAAUUGUACGUGAAGGGCAUCGAGUCCCUCGAUUUGUCUUACAACAGCUUCCAUUUGAACCAAAUUCCCAAAUGGGUUACUUCAUCGCCAAUCAUUUACUCUCUGAAGCUUGCAAAGUGUGGGAUUAAGUUGAAAUUGGAGGACUGGAAGCCUGCAGAGACGUAUUUCUAUGAUUUCAUAGAUUUAUCCGAGAACGAAAUUACGGGCAGUCCGAUUGGGUUGCUUAACAAGACUGAUUUCUUGGUGGGUUUUUCGGCUUCUGGAAAUAAGUUGAAGUUCAAUCUGGAGAGCUUGAGGAUUGUGAAGACGUUGAAGCAAUUGGACUUGUCCAGGAAUUUGGUUUUUGGGAAA